AUGGCGUCCUCCCGCGCCUUCAUCGACGCCAUCCGCGUCUGCCUCGCGCGCGACCCACACGCGCGGUACAUCACCCUCGCCACCGUGGAGCGUCCCAACCGUACGCGCACCGCCGCCACCGCCGUCCCUCGCGCGCGCACCGUCGUCUUCGAAGGUUUCAUCGACGACCCAUCCGGCGUCCCCGCCCUCCUCAUCAAGUGCUCCAGCGCCUCGGACAAGGUGCGGAACGCGAUCUCACCCGAGUGCGAGGUCGCGUGGUGGUUCGAGCGAUCGAUGACGCAGUUUCGCCUGCGCGGGACGAUCGCGUUUCUCGACGGUGACGCAUUCAUCGAUUGCGAUCACCCGAGCGACGCGCACGCGACGAGAGACGCCCUCGCGCGCGCGCGGGAACGGACGUGGAAUAAUUUAUCACUCGCCGACCGCGGGCAGUUCUUCUGGAGCGACGGCGUGGAGGGCGAGGUGCGGGAUGAGAUACCGACGCACUUUUGCGUCGGCAUGCUGCGCGUCGCAGAGGUCGACGCGCUGUGCCUCGCGGACGGCUCGCGACGGUCGUGGUGGCGAGAAAGUUUAUCGAGCGAAACGUUCGAGCGCGCCGAGGGACGGGCGCCGCCGGUGCGGAGCGCGAGGGACGCGUGUUAG